GGACGCUGAGGUGCAUCCAACACCGUCUCUGCCCGAGAAGAGCCUUAACCGCUAGUGGGGCUGCUGGAGGGUGGAGGGCACUCAAGGAAACCAGCAAAGGGAUAAGUUAAGACAGUUAAAUUUGUUGAGCCCUUAACACUUUUUGGCUUGUGUGCCAUCAUUUAUUGCACUUGCAGCUACCGCCUGGUUAGCACCUCCCCCUGGUAGGCCCUGUACUGGGCAUCUUUCGUACAAUUACCCAUUUAAUUCUCACAACAGCCUUCAAAGGUUUAUCGUUUGUUUAUGUCUUAGUCUCAGGUUCUAACUUGAAAGAUCCCCAGAGGCAGGAUUGUUUGCCUUCUCCCUUUUAUCCCUGCCUCCCCUAGCCCAGGAGGUAAGCAGUUAGAGUUUCUAACAUUGCUUUAAUUGGGAGAAGGUGAACUUGAUGAGUGGGCGGUAUUAACCAGGCCUGUUGGGCAAGGCUGACCCAGGGAACUGGAAAACUAAAUGUAGCUUACCUUCCCCGCUUUGUGUUUUGCUUUGUUUUGUUUGGAAUAAACAACUGAGCACCUAAAAGGUGUUGUCUGCUCAAGGAAAGAAUAAAGAGCAAGCCCUGGUUUUGAUAGAAAAGUAGAUAUGCUUAAUGAACACUGCCGUUGUCUGGAGCCAGGAAUGCCCGGGGUUGGGAAAGGAAGUAACAACCUCUUACAGAACAGUUAUGCUUGAGAAAUGGCAGAAGCAGUUUUCCGUGCCCCCAAGAGGAAAAGAAGAGUGUAUGAGAAUUAUGAGUCUCCAUUUCCGAUCUCCUUUGGUCCAAACUGUGGUCCUAAGAAAUACUUCAAAAUAUUCCGCGCUGAAAUGAUAAACAACAAUGUAAUUGUAAGGAAUGCAGAAGAUAUUGAGCAGCUGUACGGGAAAGGUUAUUUUGGAAAAGGUAUCCUGUCUAGAAGCCGUCCAAACUUCACAGUCUCAGAUCCUAAGCUGGUUGCCAAAUGGAAAGAUUUGAAGACAGACAUGCCUAUAAUCACAUCAAAGAAGUAUCAGCGUAGUGUAGAAUGGGCCACAAAGCUCAUGCGAAGACAGGGGCACGAUGAAGAUACGGUGCAUAGAAUCCUCAAGGAUUACACAAAACCACUUGAGCACCCUGGUGUAAAAAGGAACGAUGAGCAGAACUCUGAAAUAGUUUCCAAGAUGGAAGGCACAGAGGAUAGAGAGAAGCUUUCUGUGAUGAACGGGGACUCAGGAAAGCCAGACGGUUGGGAGGAUCCCAACAAGCAGUCAGACUGCCUGCAGGACUUGGGGCAUGACCCACUAACUGGAGAUGGCCUGGAUGGACAUGUGGUACCUCUCCCCCACGUCCAUUGCAGCAAACAGGAUAUUCUCCCCCAGGGUGGUGCUCAGCCUGAGGACAGCAGUCACCAAGUGGGCCUCACCUGUGCCAGGGAGAGAGGGCCUGCUGAUGAGUACGUGCUGGUGGAGGAAACUGUGUGUGAUGUGAGCAAGACGGAAGAUGCCCCAAAUGAGGAAUUGGCACAAAAGAAACUAAUAUGCAGAAGAAAUCCAUAUAGGAUCUUUGAGUAUUUGCAACUCAGCCUAGAAGAGGCCUUCUUCCUGGUCUAUGCUCUGGGAUGUCUAAGUAUUUACUAUGAGAAGGAGCCUUUAACGAUUGUGAAACUGUGGAAGGUUUUUACCACAGUUGAGCCCACAUUCAGGACUACGUACAUGGCGUACCAUUACUUCCGAAGCAAGGGCUGGGUGCCCAAAGUAGGACUUAAGUACGGAACAGAUUUACUGCUGUAUCGAAAAGGUCCUCCAUUUUACCAUGCAAGUUACUCUGUCAUUAUUGAGCUAGUCGAUGACCAUUUUGAGGGCUCUCUUAGAAGACCUUUCAGUUGGAAGUCGCUGGCUGCCUUGAGCAGAGUUUCAGUGAAUGUCUCCAAGGAACUUAUGCUGUGCUAUUUGAUUAAACCCUCUACCAUGACUGACGAAGAAAUGGAGUCACCAGAGUGUAUGAAAAGAAUUAAAGUUCAGGAGGUGAUUCUAAGCCGCUGGGUUUCUUCACGAGAGAGGAGUGACCAAGACGAACUUUAACAAUUCAGCCUCAGAUUUCUGAUUUCACCAACAAAUACUUAUUGAGUCUCCUACAGUAAGCCAAGUUCAGGGCGAGGUAAAGAGUCCAUUUAUUGUAAUUGUCCAUUCACUUAAAAGUUUUACAGGACAUGGUGCUCCCAACACCAGAAAACUGUUAGUGUUUUAAAAUAAAAUCACACAGGGUAGAAAAAAAGCCCUGUGCCAAGACCUGAGAUUCUGUCCUUGAAUCGGUCACUGACUCAGACUGACCCUGAGCUCCUCGCCUCUGGGCCUCAGUCCGUGUCCUCAUCCAUUCAGUGAGAAGGUUGGGCUACAUGAGUCCCAAGAGGACUCUUCCAGCAACAGGGGAGUUCUGUUGUUGUUUUCUGAUUUUACCUGAAAACAAUAUAAUAGUUCACCUUUAUUGUGGCACCUGCAGUUUCUGGGGCACUUUUGUACACAGGGAUCUCUUGUUCCCCAAACCCAAGCUGUUCCUGAGAGAGUGCUAAAGAGCAGAUUGGGGGAUUGCAGGACGCGAUGUUCCAUUAUUUCAAAUGGAAAAAAUACAGUGUCUCAGCUUGUCUAAGAACUUCAACCAAUUACUCAAACUCAGAAAAACCCAUUUAAUAUUCAACAAGGAUUUCUGUAUCAUAGAAAACAUUUAAAGUAUCAAUUACCUAAUGAUUUGUCAGUGAACUCAUUGGUGGGCAAAUUGGUAUAUAGACUAUACAACAAUAUUAUACAGUAUUAGAUAAAAGUUGCAUCUUGCUUCAGUGAACUUGUUAUGAAAUAAAAAUAGUUGUUGAAAUGUA